UUCUCCCGAAUCCGAAAGUUUUUUAAAGCAAUCGUGACAAAAGUUGAGGAAUAACCUCCGAAAAGGGAAUCAGGAUAAACACUCCGCAAAAAAAAAAAACGCCAGAAUGACUUCGCCUUCCAGAAGGCUUCAAACCAAGCCUGUAAUAACAUGUCUCAAGACGUUCCUUAUUUCGUAUAGUCUGAUAUUUUGGUUCACAGGGGUCAUUCUGCUGGCGGUAGGUGUGUGGGGGAAGGUAAAUCUGGAGGCCUACUUUUCCCUAGCCACAGAGAAGAGCACCAAUGCACCCUACGUACUCAUUGGAACUGGCGCCACCAUUGUCAUCUUUGGCCUGUUCGGCUGCUUUGCCACUUGCCGAGGAAGCCCCUGGAUGCUGAAAAUGUAUGCAGUUUUCCUGAUGCUGGUGUUUCUAGCUGAGCUCGUCGCUGGCAUCUCCGGCUUCCUCUUCAGGCACGAGAUUAAGGCCAUAUUAGCUGACACCUAUGAAGAUGCUAUUAAAACCUACAAUGGUACCAGCUCCAGGAGCAACGCGGUGGACACUAUCCAGAGAAAUCUGAUGUGCUGUGGAAUGAAGAACUACACUGACUGGGCAAACACAGAUUACUUCAAAGACAACGGCAUCCCCGCCAGCUGCUGCAAGGAGAGCGCAAACUGCACUGUGGAAAUCUUGAAAGAUCUGAACCAGGCUGCUAUGGAGGUUUACAAUCUGGGUUGCUUCACAUUCAUGACUUCUCGGAUGGAGUCCAACCUCGGAAUCAUUGCUGGGAUUUCCUUUGGCAUAGCUUUCUUCCAGGUCAUUGGUGUCUUCCUGGCUUGCUGCUUAUCCCGGUAUAUCACCAACAACCAGUAUGAGAUGGUAUAGCAGCACCUCGACUCAGACUACACAUGGAUGUUGCUGGCUGUUCCACGGAUUAAAGGGAACUCCUUUUUCUACCUUAAUUUCUUAUGUACACGUAUAUGUUUUUAGGCAUUUUAUGUAGAUAAUUUUGCUGCUCUUUGUAAGACUGAAUUUCUUUCUCUUUUUCUUUUGGGGGGGGGGGGGGUAUUUAGAAGUGACAAACACAAUAAGGGACUUUUUACAGUAGUUAGGAUAGUAGUUUUUUUACAGAAGGCCUCCAUGUAGAUAUUUUUAAAUGUGUCGAACAAAAGCAGCUGAUUGUAAGAGACGCUAAUAGUUUUGAAAGUGAGCAUUCGGAUCAAGGGACUUUCAGUGCAUUUAAUUUCAGUGUUGCUGUUAUUUUGUUAUUUUCUACAAACUAUCAAUUCUCAUUACACAUCUUACCUUUUCUGAUAUGAAUUAAAUUGCUGUGCAGCCAGCUCCUGCUUUCUCUCUACCCUUCCAAACAACCCAGCAGUAAACUUGGAUAUAUCCAGCUCCGUCCUCUACAGACAGCAGUAUAGAUCGUUAUUAAUCAUUUGCCAAUUUCCUUGACGACGAGAUUCUAGGCCUUGUUGGAGGACAUGCGGCCAUAGCAACACGUUCUCCAGCAUAGUAGAUGAGUCAGUGUCACAUGAUUUGUGUAUUAAGAACGAUCCAUAUAUGCGUUUUCAGUGUGGGUCGAUUCAAAAACGAUUUUUUCCCCAUGAUUUUAAGCUUAGAAAGAAAAAUUGAAUGGAAAGCUUUAUUGCUUUUAGGUUUUUUUUAGGAUUCAGUAUUAAGUAUACUCUUCAGAUUUUAAAACGUAAGUAGUAGGCUAAAAAGGGAAUUAUGCCCAUGCAAUAUGUGACUUUUUUUUAUUCAUCUAUCUUUAUAUGAAUAAUGGGCCUUUGAUUAAUAUGUGAAAAUGCAGAACAGGGCAUUCCUAAUUCAGUAUGUUCUAUUUUCGUUUUUGUAUAUUUUGCAUUUCUCUAAAUGUUUCGAAGAAAUUGUAUGCUGAAUUCUCCACAAAAAGUAAUUAAACUUCACACCUUAGGAAAUCUUAGAAUUUGAUGCUGUUUUCUGUGGAAUUAGUAUUUUUCAUCUUGGAUGUUUUGUAGACCUGGCAGGGCCCUGUUUUUUUCUGGUUGGUACUCUUGGUGUUCCUAGCUAGCUCCCAGGCUGGCUGCUUGCCUCAGCUCUCCCUGACUCACUCUGAUUGGUUUUACCUGCUUCUGAGCUACCUCUGUGUCCAUUCCUGUCCCUGUAUUUGUAAUUGGUUUACAUGGUCACCCUAACUGUAACAGGAGCCUUCAUAUGAUGUCAAAAGAGGCAGUUCAUGAGCCUGUUGAAAAUGUUGUUGCACCAGAAAGUAGAACUCUGUACACCAGUACAGAUCAAUAAAACAUUUUACUUUUA